AUGAAUACAAAUGAUAGCAAUUUUCACAAUAAACAGAAUCAAUUUAAUCUAGCUACAACAUUAAUUCGUGAUGCAUGUUCAACAAGAUUAGAAAUACAAUUUAAAAAAGAUCUUUUAUCUGUAAAAAUGUAUGAACAUUAUUAUCGUAAAUCCUAUGUCAUAUUAUAUAAUUUAUUAACUCUAAUUAAUCUUUUAACAAUCAUAUUAGAAUAUCCAGGAAAUGUAUGGAUUAAUGGAAAACCUUUACCAUAUUAUAUACCAUUAAUUAUUAAUUUUAUAUGUGAAUGUUAUUUUUAUUAUAGAUGGUUUCUUAUUUAUACUAUAUCAGAGAAGACAACAUUAAAAUCAAACAUUUCAUUUAUUGCAACAAUUACAAUAUUAUUAAUAAUGACCAUUGAUAGUAUUGUUUAUAUAAUAUUGCAUGAAUUACAUUUUUCUCGUACUGUCAGAUGGUCAAGAGCACUUCGACCGAUAUUAUUGUUAACAUUUCCAGAGAAUCGACGACUUCGUGCAGCAUUUUAUAAUUUACGAUGUACAUUAAUUGAUGUAAUACCUGUAUUCGGUUUGUUCGGUGCAUGUUUAAUAUUUAUUUCCAUUGUUUGUUUAACAUUAUUAGGUGAUACAAAAUUGAAAUAUCCUAAUGGUGAAAAUUAUCUGCCCGAUUUUAUUGAUGUCAUAUGGGAAUUUUAUGUAUUAACAACAACAGCGAAUUCACCUGAUGUUAUCAUUCCAGCCUAUGAACAUCAUCAUUAUUAUAUAAUUAUUUAUUUGUUCAUUUGUACCACAUGUAAUUGGUUAUUUAUGGGCAUUUUAACAGCAUCCGUUUAUAAUUCAUAUAAAUCACAUUUAGGUCAAUUUGUAGUGAACACAGUGGCAAAACGUAAAGAAAAACUAGAUGAAGCAUUUUAUUUAACAUCAAUUGUAACACCAACUGGAAGAUUAGGUGUUAGUCAAAGUACUUUCUUACAUUUAAUGCAUACUGUCAAACCAAAACGUAGUGUGGAUUCAAUGAAAGUGAUUUUUUAUUUAUUAGAUAAAAAUAAAUCCGGUUAUUUAUCAAAACAUGAAUUUGAACGUUUAUCAGAAUAUAUGCAAGCAAAAUUUGAAGAGAUUGAAUUAAGUCGUGCUUAUUUCAAUAGAUAUAUAUCAAAAUUUUAUCAUAUUUAUGCAUCGGCUAAAUUUCAACGAUUUGUUCAUUACAUGGAUCAUACAAUAGCAAAAUUAAUUUUUACUGCAUUAAUUAUCAUCAAUGCAUUGACUGUGGUGAUUUUUCGAUCUUAUCCAAAAUUUAUUGAAGCAAUUGAAUGGGUAUUUACAGUGUUAUUUACAAUUGAACUAAUUAUCAAUUAUUUAAUAUGUGGUGGUGUUAAUUUUUUUAAAGAUGGUUGGAAUUUAUUUGACUCUCUUGUUGUGGUAAGCGCAUUUACCGGGCAAAUUAUUCAAUUUAUAUUUCAUUCAAUUGGUAUUUAUUUACCACAUGAAUUUAUACAAAUAUUUCUAUUAUUUCGAUUAUUUCGUUUAUUGAAAGUGUUCAGUGUAGUGAAAAAAUUUCGUAUAGUUAUCAAUUGUAUUAUAACCAUUCUACCAUCAUUAACUGCUUAUACAACUAUAUUAUUAAUAUUAUUUUAUAUCUUUUCAUGUGUUGCUAUGGAGUUGUUUGCUUAUGUUUAUCAACCACCAUUAAAUUAUACUUACACAGUAAAUACAACAUGCAAUAAUAAACAAUUAUUGAAUAGUGAAUUCGUUCAAUGGCAUUAUUGUACAUUUAAUUUCAAUAGUCCUCUUGAUUCAUACCUAUUAUUAUUAAUUAUUACAGUUGGAAAUAAUUGGCAAAUAUUUAGUGAUGGUUAUAAAAUGGCCACAACAAGAUGGAGUCGAUUAUUUUUUAUCAUUAUUCAUUGGAUGUGUGUUUUACUUGUGUUAAAUGUUGUAUUAGCUUUCAUUAUUGAAGCAUUUCUAAUUGAAUAUGAUGCACAACACAGUAAAUUUGAAUUAUAUAUUAGUGAACGAUUAAAUGAUUUAGAAAUGAAUGCUGAAAAUGAAUUGAAAAAACGUGGAUUGGAAAAUUUUCGUAAUCCAAGAUUUAUCAUGUCUCAAAAGCUAUUAGAUGAAGCUGGCAUAACUGAGGAAAGUACACAAAAAGUGUUUUAUUUGAAAACAGAUAAUACAUCCACUGAAAUAUUGUUGUUUAGAAUGUUUGAAAAAGAAAUUGAAGAAUUAGUUGCAGAUUCAACAAGGAGAGCAAGUAGAGCACUUAAACUUAAAUCACAUGAUCCGCUAUCACAUAUCUAGUCGCUGAUUCACUUACAUGGUUGACAAAAUUCAUAGCAGCAUAAAUCAGUAUGAACAGUAAAGAUGGAUGGCAAGUUGUAAUCGAUGUGCAAUCAAAAAUGAUUAAAUGUGAGUAUUCGUUACUUUGUUGAAGCUUGAUAUUUAGGAUAAUAUGCAUUUUCAAAGUCCAAUCAGAAACUGGAAUCAUUUUAAAG